AAAGAUUUGGACCGAGUAAUAGCAUCCAGUCGAGCAGACAACAAAAUAUGGGUCAAAUUAGGAGGGAUUUGGGGUCCCAUUACCAUCAUCCUCUGCCUACUUCUCUCUCUCAUCUACCUCUCUUUUCUUCUGGUUUCUCGCCAUGCAUUACAGCAUGUCCGCCAAGUGUUUGUUCGAGUGACUGCGUGAGAGGUGAAGACUUGUUCUGUUUCUCGGCCUUCAGAAUGGCCGCCGCGGAUGGCGAAGAAGAAUACAUCGAGAUGGACAUGAGCUCCGACGGUAGAAGGCGCAGCGGCGCCUUCCUCUGCUACUCCAUUCUCUCCCCUCUUCCUCCUACUUCUCCUCAUUCCAAUGAGUUCGAGUUCCAGAUGAGCGGCGUGCCGGCUGAGGCAGAAGCCGCUGCUUCUCCCGCCGACGAGCUCUUCUACCAGGGGAAGCUUCUCCCACUCCACCUCCCCCCGCGCCUCCAAAUGGUGGAGAAGCUACUCCAGAACUCAAAGGGGCAGCCUUUAGAGGCGAGCAAGGAAGACUGCUUCAGUGAAUGCUCGGAGGCCCUGGUGAGGUCGCGCCCGCGCCCAAAGAGCGCGUCUUGGUCCAAGAAGUUCAACUUGAUCAAGCAACUGUCGCUCAGCCCGAAGCUGAAAGCUUCCGGGCAUUACCUCAUGUCUCUGUUCUACUCACGGCCGAGCGCAGACGAGCCGUGCGCCGGUGAGAAAACCACGGCGAACCUCGACGCAUCGGGGCGAAGCGGCAUUGGGAGAGGGAAGCAAGCGGAGGAGGAAGCGGCCUGCCACAGGAAUUCUUUCUCGGGUGCCAUCAAUUGGAGUCUUGUGAAGAAGAACUCCUCGUUGUCCUCGUCCUCUUCCUCUUCUUCUUCCUCGUCCUCCUUCUCCGCCACAAGCUCCAAUAGAUUUAGCCAGCCACUGUUGCUGAACAGGAGAAGCAGCAAUGCGGACUCAGACGCGGAGAGCUCUAUACAACGAGCCAUUACCCACUGCAAGAAAUCUCAGCGGACAAUCUCUGGUCGGAAGAGUGCGAGUGAUUUUGAGUCUCAGCUCAGCAGCAGAUGGUCUCUUCCGCUAUCCAGCAGAGCCCAGGAAUUUUCAGAGUAGUUCAAGAAUCCAUGUUGUAGGUUUUAACCUUUUUUGGUCAACUAUGUUUCUCUGGUGUGUGAAUCAACUAGAGAUCAUCCUCGAAUCAAAUCAUAAGCUAAGAAUCUUUCAAGACA